AUGCCAACCACCCCCGCUCUAGGCCCGGACGGCGGAUCAGAGGCCCCGAACACCCCGAAGCCGACGCUCGGCCAGCUGGUCUCGGCCUACUCCAUUCUUCCCACCCUCGCAACCUGGCUUUCGACCGUCGACCUCUUCCAUCUGGCCUUGGCCAACCGCGCCUUCCACUCGCACAUCCUCGGCUCCCCAAACGUCUUCGCCGUCCUCCGGCGCCGGUGCCUCUGCGACGGCCGCGGUCUGGCUCUCCGCCAGGCUUACAAGCCACCGUAUCGCAAGCUCAAGCAGACGGGCGGGCCCAGCAACAACCAGAGCUGGUACCCCGACGAAGAAAUCGAAGUGCGCGUGUUCAACGCCAAGUGCGACGAGGCCGGCGCCCUGCCCUGUCUCCGGUGCGGCAUCAACGUCUGCGAGGAGUGCCGCUACUACCCGCGCGCCUCGCCCGUCGAGUCGGACCGGCGCCCGCACCUACGAGAGUGGGGCAGCCACGUCUUCAAAAACAUCUUGUGCCUGUGCGACGGGUGCGAUGCGAGAACCGAGGCCGAGGUCGCGGGGCAGUUUCUCAACGAGCUCUGCGACUGCGACAGCUACAGGCGCUGGAUCUGCACCCGCUGUCGGCGCCAGGAAGACGUGGACUACUACGAGUACAAAGAGAAGCGCAUGCUGAUGGAGUGGGACUUGGAUAACUCGUGGGAUUCAGAGGUUCCAUAUCCGCCUUCCAAGAUGAUGCAGGAUCACGCCUUUGAUUGUGUGAAUACAAGUCUCGUGUUCCAGAACUAA